GUGCUCUAUGCAGGGGUCUCUGUAGAAAGAAAUUGAAGAAGGAUACGGCCACUUUAAACAAGAAGACAAAGCAUCGAACGAAAUAGAGCGCGCGCUCUCUCUCUCUCUAAAAGUCUUAACAAUGAACUGGAAGAAUCUCAUCUUCUCCUUCUCACCAAAUAUGCAAGCCACCCUCGCCAAACCCCCCAAACCUCCGUCCUCCUCCGUCCUCCUCCGCCUCCGCCCAUUAACCUCCGCCUCCGCCUCCACCUCCUCCGUCGACCCCUCCCACCUCCUCCGCGUCUCCACCAUCCUCUACCAGCAGCAGCACUCUCCCGAUUCCCGCCUCCACGCCUCCCUCCGCUCCUCCCACUUCCGCCCCACCCCCGAGUUCUUCCUCCGCGUCUGCAGCAACUUCCCCCUCUCCUGGCGUCCCGUCCACCGCUUCUACCAGUUCACCCUCACCCUCCCCGACUUCCCCCACUCCUCCCUCACCCUCAACAAGCUCGCCGACGUCCUCGGCCGGUCCCGGAACGUCCCCCUCUUCUGGGAAGUCCUCCAGGACAUGGCUCGGCGGCGUUUGGCCAACGAGAAGACGUUCAGGAUCGCUCUGAAGACGCUGGCUCGGGUCAGGGAGCUGAAGAAGUGCGUGGGGUUCUUCCACUUGAUGAAUGAGAACGGUUGGGGUUACGGCGUGGGGACUCUGAAUAUGGCGGUGGAGUGUUUGUGCAGGGACACGCUAGUGGAGGAGGCUAAAUUCGUGGUCUUUCAGUUGAAGGACGUGAUUAGACCUGAUGGGGUUACUUAUGGGUGGUUGAUCAGAGGGUUUUGCGACGUGGGUGACUUGGUCGAGGCCUCCAAAGUUUGGAACUUGAUGGUGGAUGAAGGGCUCGAGCCGGAGGUUUGGGCGUUCGAGGCGAUGAUGGAGAGAUUCUUCAAGAGUAAUCGGUAUGACGAGGCGAUGAAGCUCUUCGGGAUAAUGAGGAUGAGGAUGCUGGAUCGGUUGGGUGUUUCCACCUACAGGCUUGUGGUCAGUUGGAUGUGCAAGAGGGGCAGGGUGAGUGAAGCUUAUAUGGUGUUUGAAGAAAUGCAAAAGAGAGGGAUCGAGACAGAUGCAUCGACGGCGGGGUCACUCGUCUACGGGCUGUUGGUACGAGGCAGGGUGGGAGAGGCUUAUAAGAUUGUAGAAGGGAUUGAGAGGCCGGACAUUAACGUGUACCAUGGAUUGAUCAAGGGGCUAUUGAAACUGAAAAGGGCAAGCGAGGCGACCCAUGUUUUCAGAGAGAUGAUAAGCAGAGGGUGCGAGCCCAUAAUGCACACGUACAUCAUGUUAUUGCAAGGGCAUUUGGGGAAGCGGGGGAGGAAAGGACCUGACACGCUUGUAAAUUUCGACUCCAUUUUCGUGGGGGGACUAGCGAAAGCGGGGAAGUCAUUGGAAGCAACCAAGUACGUCGAGCGGACAUUGAAUAGAGGACUCGAGGUGCCUCGAUUUGAUUACAAUAAGUUCUUGCAUUACUAUUCGAGUGAGGACGGCACACUCAUGUUUGAAGAAGCGAGCAAGAGACUAAGAGAGGUGGGCAUGAUCGAUUUGGCCGAUAUACUUGAGAGGUAUGGCGAGAAAAUGGCGACUCGAGAGAGGAGGAGAAACAGAGCAGCCGAAUCAUGAGAAGAGCUUUACGAGGCUUAGUAUGUGGGAAGGUUCUUCUUUCACAGGAUCUUCUCAAUGAGCAGCUAUAACUUGUAAAGAGGAUAUUCAUUUUCAGAGCGUGUUGCGGGACGAGAGGGUUUCUGAAUGUACCUAUCAGAUAGAGAAGAAGUCUGGACUAGACUUUCUGGCUGGACUAGUUUGCUUGCAAUUGUAAAAUUUUUUGCACGCAUAUGCCUGUACAUGCACACCAGGGGAUUGACAAA